GCUUUCCUCUCCAUGCAGGAUAAAAGAUCCAUACUUCUUUCAUACAAUUGCUUUUAUCAUCAUGUCCUACUCGAUAUCAGCCUUAGCGAUAGUCGAAUCGAGGUUUCUGACUCACGAAAGAGGCCAUUAUCACUAAUCCAGCCCGUCAUUGAUGUCCUCAACAAGGCCUUCGCUAAGUACCGUAAGAAAAGCAAAAUCCAUAGACCUUUUUGGGGAGACUUCACUGUAGAAGAGGCUAAAUACAUCCUCAAGCAGCCUCCGGGCAACGAUCACUUUGGGUUCUAUGUAAUGCAUUACAUGCACUGCUACACCGGCGAUUGCAGUAGCGCCGAAAUGAACACUGAGUUGGAUUCAGGUGAAUUGCUCAUGGGCGAGCUAGUAGCACUUCAAGAAGAACUAGCCGGAUGGCUUGUGGACUACGUGGUGAAGCCAGGAUCUGAGUACAGCAUAAUCUAG